AUGCUCUACUUGACGUCCGAUGACUUUCCAAUCUUCGUACCAUUCGGAGUCAUCGGGUUCUACCGCUACCUGUGGUACUUGAUUCGUAUCAUUGCCUCCGUCACCUACCGUCCUGUUCCUCUCCCCGAAAAUCCCACUUAUGUGGCUUCAGAAGAUGUCACUAUCAUCGUACCCACCAUCGACGCUGGUGAAGAAUUCAAGGAAGCAGCCAACAGUUGGCUUGCUGGCAAACCGAAAGAGAUCAUCAUCAUCACCGAAGAGAAAAUGCUCAUUCCUCUCCAAGAACUUGCCAACGCCGUUGACCCGGAGCGUAUUCGCGUCCUCACCGUUCCUUUCGCGAACAAGCGGUUGCAGAUGGCACACGGUAUCAGGAAUACCACGACAGACAUCAUUGUCUUUGCAGACGACGAUGCUAUUUGGCCACCAACGCUUUUGCCAUAUGUGCUCGCAUGUUUCGAAGACCAGAAGGUUGGAGGCGUGGGCACGAGUCAACGUGUCCAACCAGUGGGCAAACGCAUGACAGUUUGGGAGGUCCUCGCGGCAUUCCGUCUGACGAUCCGUAACAUCGAAAUUAGCUCCAGCACACAUAUCGAUGGUGGUCUUCCAUGUCUUUCGGGCCGUACAGCUGCCUACCGAACGGUCAUCCUCAAAGACCCAGAGUUCCUGCACGGUUUCACGCACGACUACUGGUUGGGCAAGUACCAGCUCAACUCGGGCGAUGACAAAUUCUUGACGAGGUGGAUGGUGAGCCAUGGAUGGAGUACCUAUGUUCAGUGUUGCAAAGAGGCAGAGUUGUUGAGUACGAUGAAGCCGAACUGGAGAUUCUUGAAACAAGUGUUACGAUGGACCCGAAAUACGUGGAGAAGUGAUUUGAGGUCAUUAUUCAUGGAACGGUAUAUUUGGACUACACAUCCAUAUGUCGCUUAUACUAUGGUCGACAAGCUCUUUAACCCCUUUACGCUCCUAGUAGGGCCCUGCCUCGUCGGUUAUCUUGUUUGGAAAAGUACCUUUGCCGUUAUAGAUGGAGGAUACCAUCUACCUUGGUGGAACAUUAUCCUCUCAUACAUGGUCUGGCUUCUCGCAACUCGUACCGCCAAGCUCCUCCCGCAUCUCUGGCACACGCCCAGUCACAUCAUUUAUGUCCCUGCGUUCAUCCUCUUCGGGUACUAUUUCGCGAUCAUGAAGCUUUAUGCGCUCUUCACGCUCCAUGAGACUGGAUGGGGAACUCGUGCAGGCAUUGGCGACCCGACGAAAGCAACAGCUGCC